GACUCCCAAUGGGCGAGCUGGUCCGACCACUCCUGGGACGGCUCCUCGGCGGCCUGGUGGUCGGGGAACGACGCCAACCAAGACUGGUCGUCCGGUUCGGGCGGCCGCGGCCAAUCCCAGAAGACCGGCGGGAAGCGUCAAGGCCAAUGGCAGUGGCGCUAGGGACAACACGGGGCCGUGGCCGGCGCGGCGGCUUCGGAACCCGACCAGCCCUUGGCCAAACGCCCGCGUCUCAGCACCAACCGCCCUCGCAAACGGGACAUCAUUCUGCUCUCCGCCUUCCACGGCAUUGGCGCCGUACAUUGUCGACCGCGACUUUGGGCGCCCUCGCCUGGCCGUGUCCUGGGAGGUCGACUGGGCGCGCAAGGCCCUGGUGCAGCAGGCCAUGCCGUGGGUUGAGCACAGGGGCGACCUCACCCGCGACUCGCCUCAGGACGUGGCGGACCUCGUCCUGGAAGCUGACCCCAACGCCGAGGCGAUGGUCUUGUGGUGCGCCGCCCCGCCGUGCCAGGACUUCUCGCGGAUCGCCAAGGGGGCGGGUCACCAGGGCGAUCGUGGUCGCCUCUUCGAGGACUCCGUCGCCUUCAUGGACGAGCUCCGCUCCGUCCUCCGCCAGCAUCGCUUCGCCUUCCUGUACGAGAACGUGGAGAUGGACGCGGCGGCGGCUAAGGUGUCGUCCGAUGCUCUGGGCGUGGUGGUCACCGACCCCGCCGACGGCUCGCCCCUGGAGUGGGCGAAGAGAGGUCGUUGGGACCGCCUGCGCCUGACAGCCGCCCGGUCGGCGGCCGAUUCCUUCGAGCUCGGCGGCCUUCAGUUUCAUUCUUCGGUGGCCCAGGGGCGUAAGCUGAUGCCUUGUGCCACGACACCGGCUCCUACGGACGACGGGCGGCCAAAGCCGCGCUCCACCAGGGGGCGUACGCCUCGAGACGCCGACGCCCGCUGGGCGGAAGGGGGCCGCCAGUUCGCUCCUUGGCAUUACACCGUCGAAGCCAUGCUCCAAAACUCCCGGGGCGUGCUCCACAUUCCCCCGCCAGAUGUGAAGGAGCAGCUCCACCACAUCCCCGCCGGGUACACGGCCACGGCGGGAGCCGACACUAAAACUCGCCACCGCAUGGUCGGGAAUGGCUGGCAUUGGGGCGUCGCCGCCCGGCUGCUGGGGAUCCUCGCCAUGGCGACCUGGGCGAAGCCAGUGGCGUCCGGUAGGGCACCGGCGCCGCCCCCACGUCAGGGCACCAUACCCUGGUUGUCGCAGGUCUGGUCGCGCCAAGGCUGGGACUUCUCACCGCCGCCUCGGCCUACGCCAGCCUUUCUGGGCGCAGGGCUGGACGAGGACGCACACUGGGCGGCGGCGACUGGUAUGCAGCAUUCGCUGGUCGGCUGGCCCCAGCUGGAACCCGCCCUGGAGGCG